AUGACUGAUGAAGAAUCAGUUGAGUUGAUGGCUUCAAAAAUUCAUCUUCUGCAAAGAUCCCGUUUUACUAACCUACCAUUAUUACCAUUAUUAUUACUAUCAGAUACUAAUUCAUCAUCAACUCAAAAUAACUUAUCAACCUCUAAAAAUUAUGCAAAUCCUUCUACUACUUUUACUAUGAAUAGUAAUAUAGGUUUGGAGAAAAACAAAUCUUCACUAACCAAUUACAAUCAUGCAAAUAAUUGGUCUAGAUUAAAUAAUAUAUAUGACACGAAGGAAUGUAGUUCCUUUCGACGUUUACUUAUGUCCUAUUGGUGUCCUAGAUCCAUAAAUGGAGCUCAAAUGUUACUCGAAGAAUCAAAAUCUUCCUAUUGCUUCUCUACUGGAAUUGAAAACUUGGACAUUCUACUCAAUGGAGGUUUGAGAACCGGUGAAAUUACAGAAAUAAUCGGUAAAUCUGCUACUGGAAAAACUCAAUUCUGCCUUUCUGUAUGUGCUUCUGUACUUCGAAAUUAUAAAACCGUCUCCAUUGUCUAUCUGGAUACAAAGGGUGAUUUUAUUGCAGAUAGAUUACGAGAAUAUCUUAAAAAGCAAAAUGUCAAACAGGAUGACAAACAAUAUCUCACCAGGAUUCGCUGUUGUUUAGUACCAACAUUUGGCCAUCUCAUUGAUUCACUAAUAACAAUACGAAUGCACAUUGAUAAAGCACAACGUCAUCUCCACAACAUAUCCUCUCCUACUGAAGAAUUUUUCUCAAAUUGUAAACUUAUUAUUAUAGAUAGUUUAACGAUACCAUUUUUAACAUGCAUGUCCGCUUUACCACAAUUGGCUAUAUCACAACUUGCACUUAUCAUAUCUGAACUUCAACGUAUAUCUACAUUAAGUCAUUGUGCUAUCUUAGUAACUAAUCAUGCUAAAUCACAAUUUACAUCGCAUACAUCAUUAUUACCAAUUUCAAUUGGUUGCCUUGGUAUUAAUUGGUCAUCAAUAUCAAAUUAUCGUAUUUUAUUUGAAUUAUCAAUAAAUAAGUCAAAUAUUAUAUUAUGUAAAUUAAUCAAUAAUUUAAAAAAAAAAAUAAAUAAACAAAUCAAUAAUUGUAAGAAACAGAAAUAUAUUACUGAAACAGUUUGGGAAUUUUCGAUAUAA